CCUAGGCAAUGGUACCACCAUAUAAAAAAAGAAACUCUCUCUGAGUUGGUUCCAUUGUUGAGCACCUCUGAGCAAAGCAACAAUGGGGUUGAAAGGUGUUUUUGUUUGGUGCAUAUGGUUGGGGUUGGUACAGUUGUCACUCGGAGGAAGUGUGAGACACUACAAGUUCGAUGUGGAGUACAUGAUCAAAACACCAGAUUGCUUGGAACACGUUGUGAUGGGAAUCAACGGUCAGUUUCCAGGCCCCACUAUUAGAGCUGAAGUGGGUGACACACUUGAUAUUGCCCUCACCAACAAACUCUUCACUGAGGGAACUGUUAUUCACUGGCAUGGAAUCAGACAGCUUGGAACUCCUUGGGCAGAUGGAACUGCUGCCAUCUCACAGUGUGCUAUAAACCCUGGAGAGACUUUUCAUUAUAGGUUUACAGUUGACAGGCCUGGUACAUAUUUCUACCAUGGACACUACGGUAUGCAAAGAGCAGCAGGGUUGUAUGGUUCGUUGAUUGUGGAUUUGCCCAAGGGACAAAACGAAUCGUUUCAUUACGAUGGUGAGUUCAACCUUCUUUUGAGUGAUCUGUGGCACACCAGUUCCCAUGAACAAGAAGUUGGUCUCUCUUCCAAACCAUUAAAAUGGAUUGGUGAACCUCAGACUCUUCUCAUCAAUGGAAGAGGACAGUUCAAUUGUUCACUUGCAGCAAAUCUCAUUAACACAACCCUACCCCAAUGCCAUUUUAAAGGUGGUGAAGAAUGUGCCCCUCAGAUUCUUCAUGUGGAGCCAAACAAGACCUAUAGAAUCAGAAUUGCUAGCACCACUUCCUUAGCUUCUCUCAACUUGGCCAUUUCGAAUCACAAACUUGUGGUGGUGGAAGCCGAUGGAAACUACGUUACACCAUUUGAGGUCGACGACAUUGACAUUUACUCAGGUGAGAGCUACUCAGUGCUGCUUCGAACUGACCAAGACCCAAGCAAAAACUAUUGGCUUUCAAUUGGGGUUCGAGGAAGAAAGCCCGCGACCCCACAAGGCCUCACAAUUCUAAACUACAAAACCAUUUCUGCCUCAGUUUUCCCAACUUCUCCACCUCCCACCACACCUCUUUGGAACGACUUCGAGCGUAGCAAAGCCUUCACCAAAAAAAUAAUUGCCAAAAUGGGGACCCCACAACCACCAAGAUUCUCAGACCGAAGGGUGUUCCUCCUAAACACCCAAAACCUAGUUAAUGGGUUCACCAAAUGGGCCAUCAACAACGUGUCCCUAACAUUGCCACCCACCCCUUACUUGGGCUCCAUCAAGUUCAAGAUCAACAACGCCUUUGACCGAAACCCCCCACCCGAGACCUUCCCACAAGACUAUGACAUCUUUAACCCUCCCACGCAACGCAAUGCGACCAUUGGCAAUGGUGUGUACAUGUUCCACCUCGACGAGGUUGUCGAUGUGAUAUUGCAAAACGCAAACCAAUUGAAUGGGAAUGGUAGUGAGAUCCACCCUUGGCACUUGCAUGGGCAUGAUUUUUGGGUUUUGGGGUACGGGGAAGGGAAAUUCAAACCGGGUGAUGAGAACAAGUUCAAUUUGACACAUGCACCGUUGAGGAACACAGCGGUUAUUUUUCCAUAUGGUUGGACUGCGUUGAGGUUUAAGGCUGAUAACCCUGGGGUUUGGGCCUUCCAUUGUCACAUUGAGCCUCAUUUGCACAUGGGAAUGGGUGUCAUUUUUGCUGAGGCUGUUCACAAAGUCAGGAGAAUCCCUAGAGGUACUCUAAAUUGUGGGCUCACGGGAAAGAUGCUUGAAGAAAAUGGGCACUACUGAAACUAGCCACACUGUGUGUGCCUAAUAGGCCUUAGUUUGCUACGUUUUUUUUUUUUUUGUCUUUAUUGAUUCUCACUUUGUGGGCUUUGGUAUGUGUUUUUUCUUGUAGAAUUGGGCCAGUUGUAUCUUGUAGUUAUGUGUAACUCAUUAAAUUAUGAGGGACAUGUGGAGUGGAGGAUUGAAUGAAUAAUGAGUACGAUGAUGUUUGCGCGGAUAGAAUUAUGUAUCACGAGUCUUAUGACUCUAUUUAUUUACUUGCAAUUGCAAACAAGUGAGAUAAAUAAAAUUUAGGGAAUUCGUCACUUUUUCUAA